AUGGGGCAAGAUCAUCGUGCUGAAGAAAAAGUUCCUUUGUUGAACCUCGGAGUUGUUCAAAGACCGCCUCUGUUGCCCACUCCGUUCCAGAUGCACUCUUAUGGCCAGUUCAUUCAAGAAGUGCCCGCUAUUCGUGAGAACUUACCGAAUGUUCAACUUGGUAAAGACAACGUUUUCGACGGGAAUCCUGGAAACAAAGUUGUUCCAAUGAAACCAUUCAUUCCUAAUCCUAGUGGAAACCCCGUGUUUCGUCGCAGAACGUCGCAGAUGGUGUCUUUUAAAUAUUCGGAGACGCAACGAUUUAGCGUGAAAAACUGGAAAGGGAAAUCUUUUCCGUCUUCGACGAACGAUAACAAUAAAUCUAGAUCAGAUUGUUCACCACAGGAAGGCACUGCACCAAGCGAUUUGCUUCCCAUCAGUCAAUCCGAGUCCACCGAACCCUUCAAGCCUAUAAUCGGAAAGGAAGUGCCAUCCCUCAAAACUACCGGAAAUGAGCCUGAAAAUCAUCCUGCUGAAGACAAAGUUUUCAACGGGGAUCCCGGAAACAAACCUGUUGAGAUGAAACCAUUCGUGCCAAAACCAAAUGGAAAUGAGCCUGAAAAUCAUCCUGCUGAAGACAAAGUUUUCAACGGGGAUCCCGGAAACAAACCUGUUGAGAUGAAACCAUUCGUGCCAAAACCAAGUGAAGAAAAAAUUUUUCGUCAAUCUGAGAAGAAUGUACCCGCCAAGAAUCCGAGAAAGUCCAGAACUCUGAGAAGGGGUGCGAAAAAAUUUGAAGGAAACGUCGUUCCGCCCCCGGGAAAUUUGGUACCUUACCAAGUGUCCACCAAGCCUUUCCCUCCUCUGACCGGAAAUGAGGGUCUGUCGCUCAAACCCACUGGAAAUGAGCCUGCUUUUAAGAAAUAUGAUGCCGUAAUGAUGCCGCAAACGAAUCCUCGAGAUUUGAUACGUUUAAGCAUCCUUCCUAAGGGUUUCUGCAUAUCCAUGAAACGCGCUCAGAAAGAAUAUUCGGUGGCUUUGAAAUAUUUUGAAAGUUUGCCGGGGACUUGUGUCGAAUACGAACUCCCGGAAGACGAACUAGGCGAUUUCCAAAUUCUAAAUGAAUGCGGUGCGGUUCUCCGAGCUGCGAAAAAAGAAAAUGUCGGAAGUUCGUUAUUCGUGGAGUUCGGAAAACCCAAAGAUGCGGAAAAGUUGAAGAAAUUGCGCGGAAAUUCAAUUAUGAUUUCUCCUUCGGAACCUGGGAUUGAGAAAAAGUUUUCCUGGCGUGGAGUUGGUUCAGUCCGUCUUCUUUGGCCUUUGGAUAAUCCCAACGGGAGGGCCGUGGUGGAAUUUCCGGAUGGAGAAUCAGCAAAAUACGCCUUUGACAGGGUUUCCGGGGAAGAUUUCUUUGUUUCCGUCUGGAUCUCUGAAAUGAACCAGAAUUAUUUUCCAGUCAAGGUAUUGCGGUCAGCUGAUGAUGCAGCAAAGCUGGAAGUCGUUGGUUUUCCUCCUCUCGUUCAUUCAUCGGCUAUUCGUGCCGCUUUUCAGGAGGGGAAUGGACGAGGAAGUAUCCUGAUGGCGGAGCCCCUGGAAGUCUUGCUGUGUGUGGAGCGAAUAAUGGCAGACCUGAGGAUCCCCGAAGUAUUGAUCGAUUGUGACUUCACUGUCGAAAUCCCCAUUUUGAGAAAACUAUACGGGAACGAAAAAGCCUUUGAAGUACUGAACGCAAUUGUUCUCGAGAAAGGCCAAGGUGAUGUUGCUUGGCUCACGAGCGACGAUUCUGGGGUUUCCGAGUUCGUCAGCCUCCGUAUUGGAAGCAACUUAUUGGGGAAACUCAACAGAGUGGUCAAGGCUGUUGGAUCCGUAUUUUCCGGGGUCAUUGUGAAUAUCCCGGAAAAUGUUCAUCAGUGGUUGAGGAACACGGAGGCCGGUAAACAAUUGAUGGAGGAACGAAUGAUUUUCUUCCAGUUGGGAAAACCGACUGUUCCGAAGUUCUUGGAAAAAUCUGGUACUCCGGCGGGCGGCUAUCCCAAUUUAUCGCUGAAAACGCACGAUUUUGACGUUUCUUCUGGUUUGAUUGGCCUCACGGCGUCGAAGUUGGGGAUUCGUUUCUCGGAUAACGUUCGACCCGAUUUACGCACCUGGGUUGACUUGAUCAAGUGUUCGUUCAAGCUGACGUACUUGGAGAACGAAGAAAAUGAUGAGGAUUGCACCCAUCUGUUGACUUGCACCGAAUUGAAGCUUGGAGUGAUGCUCUUUUCCGUAUUGGAUCCGGAAGCGGGGAAAAUCUUUGAGGAGAAAAUUGUCAAAUUCCUGAACAUCAAAGCCAACAAAACUUACGUGCUGUUUCCUUGUCCAACAUUCGGUUGCACUGGUCUGAUCGCUGGUGAGAAGGACCCGAAAGAAAUCCGCGUCAUUUGCGAGAAGUGCAGUGUGGAAGUGUGCUUGUUAUGUCGAUGUCAUUUUCACAUCGCCGAAUCUUGCGAGUUACACCAGCUAUCGAUGAAAUCUUCCGAAAGUAAAAUCGAGAAAUGGCUGCAAAACGGUUGUGGAAAGCGAGGCCUUUGCAAAUUUUGCAACAACCCUGUGGAAUCGCGAGAAGGACCCGUUGGGACUCUGCCGAUUAAAUUGCAUUGGCAAAGCGAAAGAAAUGUUCUGUUGCCAAAAUUGUCGGAAUUGCGGCGAUUCUCUGUCGGGCACUGGAGAAAUGUGAAGCUGUUCGAUUCAGAUCCGAUUGUGAAACGACAUGAAGCUUCGAAUUAUUUGGUUUUGAUCACGGGAUUGUUGGAUUUGUUUUGUGAUUUUCUGUCGUUCAAACGCGAAUCGGUGGUCAUGUCCGUGUACUACAAGUUCAAGUCGUCGGCGACGUCAGACACCAUCAAACUCGACGGACUUCACAUUUCCAUCGCCGACCUCAAGCAGACAAUAUGCGAGCAAAAACGGCUGGGCAAAGGACGCGACUCGGAGUUGCAAAUUCGCAAUGCGGAAACCGACGAGUUGUACUCAAACGACGGCACGUUGAUUCCUCGGAACACGUCGCUAAUUGUGCAACGCGUUCCGAAUUCCAACUUUUCGAAGCACAAUCGGAACGUGCCGCAAACUCCAGAGGAGAUUUUGGCGAAUUAUGAAAACUAUGGGGCAGGGUUGCCGAAGCCGUUGGCGUUCAAAGCGGAUUUGGCGGGAGAUGAUCCAAAUGCAACGGAAGAGGAUCGCAUCAGGGCUAUGAUGAUCCAGUCCACAUUGGAUUAUGACCCUUCUCGGCAAGUGAAAUAUGUGAGAAUUCGUGGAGCUGGACAACAUGGGCCAGUGCCGCAAGGAUACGUGUGUCAUCGGUGUAAAAGACGUGGGCAUUGGAUUCGAAACUGCCCCUAUCCUGACAUGGAAACAAAGCGCUCAACCGGGAUCCCCGCAAGUUUUUUGAAAAAGGUGGAAGGUCCUGAUGUUCCUGGAGCCAUGCUGACCCCGACAGGAGAAUACGCUGUGAUGAAAACCGCUGAUGAGGCGUACAAAGAAAAGAAGAGAGAUCCUCCGCCUUUCGCUGCUCUCGAUGACGAAAGCGAAGAAUCGAAGCGCAGGUUGCAAAAGGAAAACAGGGAACCCGAGUUGGUGUGUCCCAUUUGUGACGACUAUGCCAAGGAUGCUGUGAAACUGCCGUGUUGCAAUCAGUCAUUUUGCGACGACUGCAUCCGACCGAAGUUGAUCGAAGAAGCUGUGUGUCCGGCAUGUAACGCAAUCGACAUGCCACCAACUUCCUUGGAACCAGCAGGUGCGGAGCGAUUGCGAAUCCGUUUAAUUCGUGCCCACGCCACGGGCAUCGUUGGCGAGGCGGAUCUUCGAAUAGGCGUCGGAGAAGAAUCUCUUCCGCCGCCACCGAGCGCCCCCGACCACAAUCGGAACGUGCCGCAAACUCCAGAGGAGAUUUUGGCGAAUUAUGAAAACUAUGGGGCAGGGUUGCCGAAGCCGUUGGCGUUCAAAGCGGAUUUGGCGGGAGAUGAUCCAAAUGCCACGGAAGAGGAUCGCAUCAGGGCUAUGAUGAUCCAGUCCACAUUGGAUUAUGACCCUUCUCGGCAAGUGAAAUAUGUGAGAAUUCGUGGAGCUGGACAACAUGGGCCAGUGCCGCAAGGAUACGUGUGUCAUCGGUGUAAAAGACGUGGGCAUUGGAUUCGAAACUGCCCCUAUCCUGACAUGGAAACAAAGCGCUCAACUGGGAUCCCCGCAAAGGAUGUCCAAAAAGUGGAAGGUCCUGAUGUUCCUGGAGCCAUGCUGACCCCGACAGGAGAAUACGCUGUGAUGAAAACCGCUGAUGAGGCGUACAAAGAAAAGAAGAGAGAUCCUCCGCCUUUCGCUGCUCUCGAUGACGAAAGCGAAGAAUCAAAGCGCAGGUUGCAAAAGGAAAACAGAGAACCCGAGUUGGUGUGUCCUAUUUGUGACGACUAUGCCAAGGAUGCUGUGAAACUGCCGUGUUGCAAUCAGUCAUUUUGCGACGACUGCAUCCGACCGAAGUUGAUCGAAGAAGCUGUGUGUCCGGCAUGUAACGCAAUCGACAUGCCACCAACUUCCUUGGAGCCAGCAGGUGCGGAGCGAUUGCGAAUCCGUUUAAUUCGUGCCCACGCCACGGGCAUCGUUGGCGAGGCGGAUCUUCGAAUAGGCGUCGGAGAAGAAUCUCUUCCGCCGCCACCGAGCGCCCCCGACGACAUUCAAGUGCUGCAAGACGUGGACGAGGAUGACGAAAUUCAGAUCAUUCCCACGCGACGGCGUCAAAGACGGAAAGGUGGUGCUCGAGUCCCGCAGAGAUCGGACGAAGUGGUGGAGAUUGGAGACGCCGCCGAUGUGGCGGAAUUGGUCGUCCUGGACGACGAUGAAGGCGGCAGUGGUGCGAAAGGUGCGAAACGGAGGCGGCGGCGGAAACGAGUCGACGAAGGAACCGAUGACAUUGUGGUUCUCUAG